AUGUUAGACGACACUGGCAAGGGUCCUGAUGUAAAGAUGUUUUCGCUAAAUUCUGAACUGGGCAAUGUGAAGUACGUAAUGUCCGAUAAAACCGGUACCUUGACUCAAAACUGUAUGAGAUUUCGCAUGUGCUCCGUUGGUGGCGUGAAGUAUGCUAAUCGGAAGAUGAGACGGGAUAGAAUUUUUUCUCCUAAGAAAUUGAUUAGUCAUAUGAAUAGCAAUGAAAUGAAGAACGCGGCACAAAUACGCGAGUUCCUGACCGCAUGUGCUAUUUGUCAUACUGCUUCUACAGACAAAAAUUCAAACGAUAGCGAACGUCCUUACUACCAUGCAACAUCGCCAGCUGAUCAGCACUUAUCGACAAGACACAGAGCGACUACUUUUCCUGCUAUCUCAUCCUACAGUUUGCUUCGAUGCAACAGGAGACUUGCUGUUCUAAAGAGUGAUGUUGAUCAAGCAUUUGCAGACGAGCAUGCAUUGCUAGAUAUGGCCGCUGAUGCUGGCUUCGUUUUCAAAAAAAGACCACCAGGAAAAUGUGUUCUCAGCAUAGUAAGCGGCAUCUCAAAACAAUAG